GAAGAAGACAACAAUUAACUCCCCAACCUUUGGCCCCUCAAUUUCUCUCAUACCAAAACCAUUUAACCUUCAAAUUUCCUCUCUCUAGACCUCCCUGAAUCUCUGCUCUAUCUUGCAUCCCCACAUUAGAUUUUGUGAACUAAAUUCUGUGAACAAAAUGAAGGGAAUGAAAGGGAAGCUUCUAAAGAAGUUGAAGUCGAUCAAAUCAAUUGGGUAUUUGAAGCCAGACCGAGUCCUUCAUGUGAGCGCAUUAGAUGGAUAUAUCUAUACUUCGCCAUCGAAAUCAGCUUCCAAAGUUCAGACCCACUUGGUGUUUGAAGAAGAAGAGUCGAAUAAGAUCGUUCAGAGCACUGUACCGGUUCAGGAACCUGAGGUAAUCGAUGUGUCGGAGCUAAUGAGAGACCUUGAAGAUGAAGAAUUGGAGUUUGAUGAAGAUAUUAACGACAAAGAGAACAUUAGGCCAGAAACAAUUUCAAAAAAUCCAGUUGUGUGGAAGGAUGAUAACAGAGAAAUAUUGAGUUUAUCAAAGCCACAGCCUGGAAAUUUGGAAGCUCCGGAAUUGAGAGAAUCACGAGGAGGGGAGAGAAAACAUGGCCCUUUAUCGGAGAUUGACAUCUCAUCUUUCCGGGGACCGGACUUAGACUCGGGCACCCUUUUUGAUCCCAACCUUUUAGCAGCUUUUGAGCAAGCAGUUAUGGAAGUUAAAGCCGAAGAAGCAGAGAGAAGAGCCAAGAUUGAGGAAAAGAUCCGCAGAAGCAUUGAAGAAGAACCUCCUUUAAAAGCUCGAAAAAUCGAGGAAAGUACAAACCCCCUAUUAGAUUUCGAAGAAAAUUGCCCACCGGGGGGUGAUGACUCAGUAAUUCUAUACACAACAGGCCUUAGAGGGAUAAGGAAGACGUUCGAGGACUGUCAUAGUGUGAAGUUUUUAUUAGAAAGUUUUCGGGUUUUGUACUACGAGAGGGAUGUGUCGAUGCACUUGGAGUUUAAGGAGGAAAUGUGGAGGAUUUUGGGUGGAAAAGUGGUACCACCAAGACUAUUUAUCAAGGGAAGGUACAUUGGUGGAGCUGAAGAAGUGUUGCGGUUGCAUGAGCAAGGGAAGCUUAGGCCACUCUUUGAAGGUGUUCCGAUUGAUCAGUCCGAGGGGCCGUGUGAAGGGUGUGCUGGGAUUCGAUUUGUGAUGUGUUUCAAUUGCAAUGGCAGCCAGAAGAUUGUUCUUGGUGGCGACGGGGAGGCGAUGAAGUGUCCGGAAUGUAAUGAGAAUGGAUUAAUCAAAUGCCCCAUUUGCUGCUGAAUUAUGCAUCAUAUUGGUUGUUAUUUUCUUAUGAUGACAUAUUGCUACUUCUUCAUAUUCUUUGAUUUGUAUUGGAGCAGAACAAGGAGUGUAAGUGUUUUGUGUACUUUUCUGAGGAUGGGAAUAAGG